ACAAAAACUGGCUAUUGAAAGCGGAGACAAGCAGCGAGGCGGCGGGCAGAAGACACACCGGCAUCCCCUGGAACAAAGCAUCCCGCGAAGGACACUCACAGCGCGAACCUCCGGCCGAAUCGACACCCUGUUUACCAGCGAGUGUUUGCCCGAGCAGAAGCGGACAUGGACACCAGAAGCACUGAGGAGAAGCCAGUCCAGCGGUCCAAGUCUUUCAGUUUUAAGACCCAGAAGGAGGUUUGUUCAUCAUGUGACAAGACGGUCUACCCGAUGGAGAGACUGGUCGCCAACAACCUGGUCUUCCAUUCCACGUGCUUCUGCUGCAAGCACUGCAACACCAAGCUCAGCCUGGGCAACUUUGCCGCCCUCCAAGGCGAGUUCUACUGCAAGCCUCAUUUCCAGCAGCUGUUCAAGAGCAAAGGCAACUACGACGAGGGAUUUGGACGCAAGCAGCACAAAGAGCGUUGGGCCUCCAAGGAGACAGAGAACAUAACCAAGACGGCGUGAAAAAUGGCGUCCGCUUCGUCCGGAGCACGGUGACAUCACCCGCCCGCACGCUACUUAUUUUUUCUUUCCCCCCCCCCACCCCCUCUUUGCUUUUUUACACGCCAUCAGAUUCUCCACAGCAUCUUGGAAAUAACUGGCCAUACAUACGCCACAAUUCAUACCAACCUGUCUUCUUCUCUUUUGUUCCUGUUGAUCGUGACCAAAAGCCUUCUCUGCCAUCGCGAGAGGGAAUGUUACCAUGCUGUAAUUCUUUUAUUAUUGUUUUUCAUUAUUAUUCGGAAUGAUUUGCACCCAUUUUGUAUACUGUAUGCGCAUUCAAACGUCAGGGGCGACAAAACACACUUACACACGCGCGCACACUCACACUCAGGUCAACGUUCAGAGGCUCUUUAUUGGCAGUGUCACCCAAGGAUUUUAUAAACGUGUUCGUUUAAACACCACCGUAACCAUCCCAAGAGUGCGUUCACUCCACGCACCUGGGGGAGGUCCAACAGGGUACUGUCAUAUUACUAAGCAACAGCUCACCUCGCGUGUUUGUGUCAUUCCGACAUUGGGUCAUUCUUCUUUUCUUUUUUGAGUUAAUUUAUUUUUUGUGGGUCUUUUUAGGUUGCGUUCGCACUUGUCUUGAUUUGGUUUGGUGAAAAAGAACUCUGGUCAAGUGUGAACGUGCUCAUUCAAAACCAAGUGGACCGAGGCCGGUUGAGAGAUGGGUCUGGGCCAUCUUGCAAGUGAGCUCUGGGGCGGUUCGGUUCACUUGAGCUCAAAUGUGACCAGCAGAAAUGACAUAUGUCGGAGACGAUGCAUUUGAAGCUCUCUCUCUCUCUCUGUCUCUCUCUCUCUCUCUCUCUCUCUCUGGCUCUCGCUCUCUCUCUCCACCCUUGUCCCUGACAAUGCCGCGCUUUAAAAGUCUGUUUUACAAGCUUUUCAUGAAAUCUAAGCUCGCAAAUGUAACGGAAUAUAAAAAUAACAGCUUCAACCCAGCGGAUGGCAUUUUGGUUUGGAAUAUUAGAGUCUUGAGUCUGGUCUCGUAAUGCAAAAGCUGUCCAAUGAAGACCUGACUUGAUGCAAUUGUUCUUUCCUGUGCAGUCUUUGGUCACAUGACAAAAUAAGCCAACCACACCAAAGUGUGCACCAAUUAUCUUUUUUUUUUUUUUUUUUAAUUGUUGCUACCAAACCCCAAGUGUGAACGCAACCUUGGUCUUAACCUUGUGGGUCCUAAUGGCCUUAUUUGAAGCGCUCCAUCAGCCUUUUGGUGUCGUGAUUGAUCUUUCAUUUCCUUCCCGGAGCGAGCACCUGACUUUUUUUGGACCAAGUUGAUCCCUUCCCUCCUUUCUGAGCCGUUCCUGCGAGCCUCAGAUUGUUUUGUGUUUUUGUAAAGUAUCUGUAAAUAGAGCUGUACUUUGUGAUUCAUGAACACCCCUCCCACUUUGGCCACUGCGCCAUCCACCUCCCUGCCACAAGUCACCGCUCAUUCUCGCAGGACGCAACAUUCGCCACUUUUAACCCUCGUGUAUGCUUGUGUUGUCCUUCAGACAAGGCUGAUGAUGAUGUUUGGAGGAAAACACUACGGUUGUGCCAUUUUAUCUUUUUGAAUGAUUGCCUUCCUGUUAUCUUAUGAGCUAAAACAUUUUAGCAAAUGGACCUAUUUCUCAGACCUGCCAACAUGUACGCAAUUGUCAUACUCUGCAUGCAUUUCAGUUUUAAGUUAAAAAAAAUGGAAAAGGCUGCGAUUGGUCGACUUGUAGAACAUUAUUUCCUGUGUGUAUACCAGUCGUUGACAGGGCACACAGCCCACCUCCGCGAGCGCUUUCUUCUCCAAUUUCGGAUCAACAUUUUCAAUAAAAAAUGCUGUUACGCAUCCUCUUCUCUCUUUAAUUACCAUUGUUCCAUCGACAGAGGAAGCCGAGAGGGCCAAGACACUGCAGGUUUUCUUUCCAGCCGGUCACUGAAGCAGGCGAUUUUAAUCAUCAACACCACAAGUUUGACAGCGCUGAGCUAAAUAGUCAACGAGGCGUGGUUGCUCGCAGAGUAAACGUGACCCCCUCAAUCCCUGACAAAGAGGUGUGUCCGGAGUGUGGGCCAGGCGCCCUUUGCGACUUGUAGCUCGUAGAAAUGAAAUUAAACCAAAGCAAUAGCAAAAAUGGGGAAAAUUUAGCAAAAGGCAUAAUGCAACAAGAAAAAGCUGCAGUGUUGAUAUUAACUAAUAACCCAAAUCGUUGUCUUUUAAAUAUAUAUACUUUUUACAAAACGAAAAACGUUGGCAGGUCUGAUUUCUUUUAUUCUACCUACAAGUGGAGGCCGAUGGAGGUCACCUCCCCCCCUUAAAAAAAAUGGAGUCGUGCAUGCUGCAUGUGAUAGUGCUGAGCGCCCCCUGCUGGGGGACAUCUUGUCUCGCCUGAGUAAGAAUCCAACGUGAGUUGUUUCCAUUUUUAAACGCCUUUUUAUUCAGUUUUUGAACAAGUUGCCUCACAGGUCUGCAGUGUGAGACUGCAGCACCGUACUGAACCCGGUCCAAUUAGACAGGCAGGAUUUCCACGUCUUAUGUUUCAUAAGCCAUUUUAGGGAAUGCUGCUGAGGCUUGCCUGACACUUGAAUGAUUCAGUUGUUUUUGGGUUUUUUUAUUUCGUGAGGGAAAGGCUUUACUGUGAAUUAAACACGCUGUGAGGAGAGAGAAAUGAUAAAACGGAUGGAUAUUAGCUUUUUUUUUUUUUUUUAAGAGAAGCCUUAGAAAUUGUAAUGCUGACACAAAGGAGACUUAAAUGUUCUGAUCAUGCCUUUUCCAAAAGCAGACUCACUCCACAUUCCUAAACAUGACAUGACUUCAUGCAACCAGCAGCCAUUUUUCUGCCCACUUUCAUUCCACAGAAUAAUGUAUACUACUUCUAUCUCUGUUACAUGUGUGUGUGUGUGACAAUGUCUUUUUAAUCCUUGAAUACUUUCAAAUGAAAGUUAUUGUAUGUAGAAAUGCUGUCUUUUGUCACUCGCCAAGGUACAACUGCAACCGCUGGUCAGGUGAAUGAUUGCGUUUUUUUUGUUCUCGUGCAACAUUUUUGAUGUGGACUUUAGUGUUCAAUGCUGUUGUCAUGGAGAUCUUUUUAAAUGUAUGCCUCUGGGGAAAUGUGAUUCCACGUUACACACUUGACAUAUGGAUUGAGGUGGCCUUACAGCAAAAGAACGCUCAGACUGUGUUUGCAGUCUUUUUCUUCCUCCUCCUCCUUUCUCCCUUUUUUUGACUUUUUAUUGCAAUUUAAAGCGCCCCUCAUUCUACUACUCUAUGUUUUGAGCAUUUGUCAUGUUUUUUUGUCUUGGGUUUUUUUUACAUGCUUUUGGAGAAAAAUAAAAAUGCUGGUGUUGAUUGAUUUUAUUCAUCCG